UGGGGCCAAAGCUUUUACAGUAUGUCCUGAAGGUGCUCGUGCAGUCAGUGCAGUUACUGUACAUGUUGCUGAGGAUAGAGCAGCCAUCCUACAUUCUCCUUCAGAAUCCCCCAGGCUUACCCAGUAUAGCUGUUGCCUGGGUGGCAGGGCUGUGGUGGGGGAGCAGACUCAUCAUUGAUUGGCACAACUAUGGCUACAGCAUCAUGAGCCUGAGUCACGGGAGGAGCCACCCACUGGUCCUGCUGGCAAAAUGGUAUGAAAAACUUUUUGGGCGCUUGUCUGACUAUAACCUGUGUGUCACCGAUGCCAUGAGGAAAGAUCUCUGGGUGAAUUUCAAGAUCAAGGCUGUAACAUUGUAUGACAGACCAGCAUCUUAUUUCAAGGAAACACCAUUAGACCUCCAACACAACUUGUUCAUGAAACUUGCCAAGGACUACGAGCCCUUCAGAGCACGCACAGAGCUGAGUCCCGGCGCUGACGGAUCGGCCUUCACGCACAGGGACGGCAGCAGCGGCCGCGUGCUCAGCGCCCGGGGCCGGCCCGCCCUGCUCGUCAGCAGCACCAGCUGGACAGAGGAUGAAGACUUCUCAGUCCUUUUAAGAGCUUUAGAAGAUUAUGAGAGGUUUAUUGAGGAGGGAGCUGCACUUCCAGCUUUGGUGUGUGUGAUAACAGGUAAAGGACCUCUAAAAGAUUAUUACAAGGGGCUGAUCCAAAAGCUGCACUUUAAACACAUCCAGAUCUGUACCCCAUGGCUGGAGGCUGAGGAUUACCCUCUUCUGCUUGGCUCAGCAGACCUGGGGGUGUGUCUCCAUAAAUCCUCCAGUGGUUUGGAUUUGCCCAUGAAGGUGGUGGAUAUGUUUGGCUGCUGUUUACCUGUGUGUGCAAUACAUUUUGAAUGUUUACAUGAGCUGGUGAAGCACAAUGAGAACGGGCUGAUAUUCAGGGACUCGCAGGAACUCGCAGAGCAGCUGAAGAUGCUUUUCUUGGAUUUCCCCAGCCUGGAAGGGAAACUUCAGCGCUUCCGAGAGAACCUGCGCGAGGCGCGGCAGCCACGCUGGGAGCAGAGCUGGGAGCAGAGCUGGGAGCAGAGCGUCCUUCCCUUGCUGGGCAGCAGGGAGUGAUGGGGCAGGGGGGUGUCAGACACAUCCCUGCAGCUGCAGGGAUUUGGGGAACAGUCAAUAAAGAUUGAAGUUGGAAGGGAGACGACCCACCUUGCGUUGGUCA